GUGUGUUAAAUAUUUUGAGUUUUGUCUUCAAAGAGGAGGCUGAGAUGACUUUGGACCAUGACAGCGUGCCUGAUGCUUCAUCCAGGAAGGACAGACUCUUCAGACUGGUUGCUCUGAGCUUCGGACUCCUGUGUAUCCUACAAGCUGCUGCCAACAUUUCCCUGCGUCUUGCUCUCUAUGCAAAAAUGCUAGAUUAUGAGGCCAUUAUCAAAAAUCUGACUGAAGAGGGAGAAGAUUUGAAGAGGAAGAUGAUCACCUUUGAUAAUCACUCCCAACAAGGAUGGGUGUAUUUCAACCACAGUUUUUAUUACAUUUCUUCUAUUAACAAGUCCUGGCAAGACAGUAGAGACGACUGUCUGCAAAGAGGUGCAGACCUGAUCAUUAUCAACAGCAGAGAAGAACAGGAAUUUGCAAGAAAGUUCAAAGGGCUCAGGUGGAUUGGACUGACUGACAGUGAGACAGAGGGGACAUGGACAUGGGUGGAUGGGACUGCACUGAACACAAGCUACUGGAACGCUGGGGAGCCCAACAGCUAUCAAGGCAUUGAUGAAGACUGUGGAGAAAUAAGGCUUUAUGACAGGGAAUACAACUGGAAUGAUUCACCAUGUAAAUAGCUAAACUUCUGGAUCUGUGAGUAGGUGGUGGCUCCAUGACUCAGCAUCCAAAUCUGCCCUAGACUGGCAAUCGAUAAGCUGCAGGGGAAGUGUCUCAUCAUCAUGUACGAACACCAACAUGUCACCACAGGAAAAACACAGGUGUCAAUAAUAAAAUGAAUGAUGGCUAAAGUCCAUGUAACUGCUUCACUUUCAGGGUCCUGGUGUGUUGGCUCACUGUCACAGUGUCACCAUUUGUUGGGACACUUGAAUAGAACAGAGCCAUUAGUGUUACACUGUGCUUUCCUGACAAGUCAAAAUGUCUGCUAUUGUUCAAAAAA